ACGUGAUUACUUGUCUGUUUGUCCGACGUCAACGCGUCGUUCAUCUCGAGUCUUUUAGUGUUAAAGAUUGAACUAUUGCCGCUGCAUUAAAGCUUGACUUCAACUUACUUUGAUACUAUUGUUCCCUUUAAAUUAGCCAUGUGUGGAGGGUUUACGUGCUCGAAAAGGGCACUUGUUGCCCUUAACAUUCUUUACAUUCUUGUAGCAUUUCUUCUGAUUGGAGUAGCUUUGUAUGGCCGAACAUGCGCCCAAGUUGUUGAUCUGCCUAUUAUCGGUGGUAUUUUGGCGUGUGGUGUAUUCCUAAUCUUGAUUUCCAUACUUGGUCUUAUUGGUGCUGUGAAGCAUCACCAAGUUGUGCUCUUCUUUUACAUGGUGAUAUUGUUCAUGCUUUUCCUCGUCCAAUUCAGUGUAGCUUGUGCUUGCCUUGCUGUCAACAAGGAACAGCAAAGAAGCUGGGCUAAAUCGGGAUGGGACGGGGUAUCUGAAGAUUUCAAGAAGAAAGUGGAGGAAACAUUUUCUUGUUGUGACUUCGAAAAAUCUCUCAAUACGACCUCUGCUCCAAAGAAUUGCCCUCAGCCCCACAUGCAACCAUGUAUUGACAAACUUCAAACUACUAUAGACCACGCAUUCAAAUUGUGUGGCGGUAUUGGACUUUUCUUCAGCUUCACAGAGUUUGUUGGGGUUUGGUUGACUGUCCGCUAUCGCAACCAGAAGGAUCCUCGUGCUAAUCCCAGUGCUUUCCUUUAAAACGAACCUUCUUCUAAGAGGCCUUGGUAAUAGCAGCUUUGGUGGCAUGCCGAUACCGGAAUCAGUUUGAUCCAUCAGCAAGUUUCUUGUUCCCAAGAAGCAGAAUUUACUGAUGGGUGUGAAGUUUUAGUUUACUGAAUGACUGAAAUAUUUAUUUAGGUUGCUUGUUCAUGAGUGAGCAUAAUCUUGUCAUUUCUUUGUAACUGCAUUUACAACUGUUUACAACUGUGUGUUGUUGUUUUUUUUAAAUCUUAGUUUGCUUGUUUUUUUAUUGCUUUGAUCAGUUAGAUUUCUUUUUCAAAACACCCAUUGCCAAUAACUAACUAAGGUUUAAAAAUUCUUUCCAACCGUAUAUUUAAUGAAAUUAAUAUUCGAACAAAGCCUUAAAAUGUUGUUAGGCAGGUUGAAAACAUUUUGAUUUGCUUACCUGUUGCAACAUUGUUUCAAUUUUCAUUCCAAUGAAUUUUGGUAUGUAUCAAUCCAUUUUGUCUGUUAGGUCAUAGUUUGUUUUAAACUUUAAACAAAGCUUCAGGUAUUGGCCUGUCAUGUUACUCUGGAUAUCCUAGCAGAAAAUGAGUCAUUUUGAUCUGUUGUGCCAAAUAGUGCCAAAAGUAUGAGUGGAUGAUUAUGUUCAGCUGUUUUUAAAUCAAAUUGUGGAAAACAUAAACAAAACCUCAAAGGGUUGAUAACUGCCAUAUUCAAACCUUUUUUAAUGCAGUAAUGUUGGCACAAAACAUUAAGAAAUUGUGGCUUUUAAGUGAUAGCUGCUGACUUAGUAGCCUAGUACCAGCUGCUAACUUAGUGGCCUAGUACCUACAAAUAAUUAUAUGAAAAGUAUAUUUAAUUCUUAGCCAAAACUCCUAUGCGGAUGAUCUAAUUGUGUAUUAUUUUUCUGUUUAAGCUGUUUCCCUAUCUAUAUAAUUGUAAGCUUAUGUUGGAAGUAACCAAACAUUUUAUUUCAUGUGUAGCCUCCAUGUAGCUGUUUCGCUAGUAUUGAAGUGUAGUUGUAAUGGGACCAAUAUUACUGCAUCCUUGAGGUCCAUUCCUCAUUGCAUUAGAUACAAUAGUAUUUAGUUUAGUUCAGAAUUUACUGAACUGCUUUUCAUUUACUUGUUACACAGGGAUUUGUGUACUUAUUCCCCUCUGAAAGCUUAGGCUCCCCAAACUCCUUUAAAAAAUAAACAUUUUAUCUUCAGGGAGAUUUCCUAGUCAAAGUGGGUGCAACCUUUUCCUUGCCAUGUUACUCUCUAAGUAUGUGAAGCUUUGCUGCAUUCUCAUUUUAAAUGUAUGGUACAUGUUAAAAAUAGAUAAUCAGUGUAUCUAGAUGAAAGAAUCAACUAUCGAAAAUAAUUCUGUUCUGCUCUGUACAACUCAGUUCAUGUGUUGCAGUGUCUACUUUUAGGUACUUAGCAUUGUGAACUUGCUAAUCUAGUCAUCUAUAUGGUUUAAUUGUAUAAUUUGAAGAAUAAACGGGGUAUUUCCUCCUCACA